AUGCCAGCGACAACACCGGAACCCGCGUACCUCGACAUCAGCCGUCGCAAGCUGGCCGAGCGAGACAGCAAGAUUCCCCCAGAGUGGAAGAUCUCGCUUCCCGAAGACGACGACAAUCUGCUCCAUCUCCCCCGGUCUUGUUCGUUGCUCUCGCCGCGCGAGCUGGAGAUUACUGAAGAGUAUGACUCUGUGGGUUUGUUGGAGAAGAUCCAUGCGAGAGAAUAUACCAGUGUGGAGGUGACGAGGGCGUUUUGUAAAAGAGCCGCCAUCGCCCAACAAGCCCUGAACUGCCUCACGGAAAUCUUCUUCGACCAAGCCCUCGACCGCGCCGCCUUCCUCGACGACCACAUCCACCGCACGGGAAGACCCCUGGGCCCACUCCACGGCCUCCCGAUCGCCCUGAAAGACAGCAUCAAUGUUUCGGGCGUGGACUCGACCAUCGGAAUGGCCGCCUUUGCAUUCAAACCCGUCCCGCGCAACUCGGUCAUCGUCGACAUGCUCCUGUCGCUCGGGGCGGUCAUGUACGUCAAGACCAACGUCCCGCAGUCCAUGAUGACGCCCGACACGGAGAACUUUGUCUUUGGGCAGUCGCGGAAUGCUCGGUCAAAGUAUCUCACGGCCGCCGGGAGUUCGGGCGGGUUGGGUGCGUUGCUUGGGAUCCGGGGCGCCUUGAUGGGCAUCGGGACCGAUGUUGGAGGGUCGGUGAGAAUCCCAGCUUAUUGCAACGGCGUCUCCGCGGUAAAACCGUCUUCCGGUCGUCUCCCAUACCACAGGCUCCAGGGGUAUUUGACCGACGGGGCAGAAACGGUCGGUAUUCUAUGUGUCAACGGCGUCCUGGCCGUGUCGAUGAGAGAUUGCGAGCUUCUCCUCCGCGCGGUAUCUGAUGCAGAGCCCUGGCUGCACGACCCUGGAUGUAGCUAUUUGCCCUGGGACUCGCAACCACUGCCCGAGCAGCCUCUCGUGUUUGGGGUCAUCUGGGAAGACCACGAAACCACGCCAUUGCCGCCUCUCCUCCGAAUUCUCAGGGAGACCUGCGACAAGCUGCGGGCGGCUGGCCAUGAGGUUGUGGACAUGGAGUUCUACAAGUGUGCCGAGCUCGCCAAAAACGCUGUGGGACACUUCAAGCUCGAGGGUGGCAAGGCGCUGGACGCGGCGAGAAACCUCACGGGCGAGCCAUACACCGACUCGGUCCAACAAGGUGGCCUCUACCCCUGCGACGAAGGCACGUUGGCAGACCUCUUCGCGCUGAGUGCGGAGAGACUGCAACUCCAGACCGACUGGCUGGAAUACUGGGCGUCGACAGCGACAAAAACCCGCUCCGGUCGACCCGUCGAUGUCAUCCUCACUCCUCCCCAGAGCUGUCUGCCGCGGCCGCACGACACGCUGAUCCGGAGCCACUUUUCGCGCAUCUGGAACGUCCUCGACUAUCCUGCCGCCAUUGUGCAGUGUGGCGCCGUGGACUUGAGUAGGGACGACGUCGAGUUGCCUCCUCCGCGAGGACCGAUGGAUGAGAGGGUGCAGUCUAUAUACACGAAAGAGAAACGCCGGCGGUACGAGGGCUUUCCUAUCGGCUUGCAGGUGGUUGGGCGACGUCAGAUGGAAGCCAAAUUGGUCAAGGUGGCGUCGCUGGUCGAGAAACUGGCUCGAUAA